AUGAUAUUCUUGUCUGAAACUCGAUUAACUAGUGCUCGAAUGGAACUUGUCCGCAUCCAAUUAGGCUUUACGGUGGAUGCUAAAGGCAAGAGUGGUGGUUUGGCGCUUCUUUGGUCAAAAGAUUACUCGGUUCAGAUCAAAUCCUAUACGGUUUCACAUAUAGAUGCCAUUGUUGAAAAUAAUCUGGGUUUUUCUUGGCGAUUUACUGGUUUUUAUGGCAGUCCGGAUCCGGGAGGACGAAUGGAAAGUCGAAAACUUUUGAAGCGUCUCAAAACCAUGUUUUCAGGUGCUUGGGUUUGUGGAGGAGAUUUUAAUGAGAUCAUUAAUCAUAACGAAAAGAGAGGAGGAGGUACUAAACCAGAUUACUUGAUGCGUAAUUUUCGUAUGGCCAUUUCUCAUUGUCUUCUAAAGGAAAUUCAAGCGAAUGGAGAUGGUUUUACUUGGUGCAAUGGUAGGACAGCCAACUUAAUCUUUGAAAAACUUGACAGAAUCCUUUGUAACUUGGCUUGGAACAAGAAUUUUAAGCAGAAUACAGUGUCUCUUUUAAACUGGUGGAAUUCGGAUCAUAGACCUUUGCUACUUCAGGCUCAACUCAAGGAUAAAGGCGAAGUUUUCAAAAAGAAAUGGGGGCACAGAUUUCAUUUUGAACAGGCCUGGGCGGAUAAUGAAGAGUGCCUCAAAAUUAUUAAGGAUAUUUGGAGACAAAAUGAUCACCAAAACCCAGUAUGUAAAUUGAAGCGGCUGCUUGCUGAUUGUGGACAGCAAUUAAAUCAGUGGAACCAAACUCAGAAGCCCACUUCAAGACGAAAGAAAAACACAAUAGAGGGUCUCUUUGAUGAUAAUCAACAAUGGAAAACAAAGGAGAAGGAUGUGGAGGAUAUUGCCAUUUCUUACUUUCAGCAACUGUUCACCAAGAAAAAUAAUGGUAUUGAUAUUGCUGAUGUUCUCAGAAGGUGUGUCCCAAACCGCUUAAGUUCAGCUGAAAAUGCUCUUUUAAUGGAGCCUUUUACAAGUGAAGAAGUGAAGAUGGCUAUGUUCCAAAUCCAUCCUCUAAAAGCGCCUGGAAAAGAUGGAUUACCGGGGCUUUUUUUCCAAAAAAAUUGGGAUGUAGUUGGAAAGGAAGUGACUCAAGCUUGUCUAGAUGUGCUCAAUAAUAAUGCCGACUGCCACCAGAUCAAUGAAACACUAAUUUGCUUAAUACCAAAGGUCAAACAGCCAACAAAGAUGUCCGAAUUUCGCCCCAUUAGCCUCUGCAAUGUGAUAUACAAGGUGAUUUCUAAAUGUCUAGCUAAUAGAAUGAAACAAAGUUUAAAUUCGGUAAUUUUGGACAAUCAAAGUGCCUUCAUUGGAGGAAGAAUCAUUCAAGACAAUGCGAUUAUUGGUUUUGAAAGUCUCCAUUGUAUGAAGAAAAGUCGUUUUGGUAAUGGAAAAAAGAUGGCAGUCAAGUUGGAUAUGUCCAAAGCUUACGAUAGGGUCGAAUGGAACUUCAUAGAAGCAAUGAUGGGUCAUUUGGGAUACGAUUCUCAAUGGAUUUCAAAAAUUAUGAACUGCGUAAAGUCAGUUUCAUUCUCCAUUCUCAUUAAUGGAUCCAUCAAAGGUUCCUUCCUUCCAGAACGCGGAUUGAGACAAGGUGACCCCCUAUCUCCUUUCCUUUUUCUUUUAUGUUCUGAAGGGCUUUCUUGUUUAAUUUUUGAAGCCGAAAGAGCUGGUCGAAUACAUCGGAUGCGAUUUGGUACUAUGGAACAACGAUUGUCUCACCUCUUAUUUACAGAUGACAGCCUUAUCUUUCUGGAUGCAAAUUUAGAAGACAGUAAUGCCUUAAAAGAGGUGCUUGGCAACUAUGAAAAGAUGUCCGGACAAUGCAUAAACUUUGAAAAAAUCGAGAUGUGUGUGGGUUGCAAAGUUAGUGAUUCUGUGGCAACUAGCUUAGCCUCAAACUUGGGUGUUACUUUGGUCAAGCAUCAUACAAAGUACUUGGGUAUGCCGACAUUUGUUGGAAAAAAUAAGAAACAAGUUUUUGGCAAGAUCAGAGGAAAAAUUGAAGCAAAGCUCCAAGGUUGGAAGAUGGGGUUAUUUUCUCAAGCUGGGAAAGAGAUCCUAAUUAAAGCAGUCAUUCAAGCCCUUCCUUGCUAUGUCAUGAGCUGCUUUCGAAUUACUAAAGGAAUUCUCCAUGAAAUUGAAGGGUUAAUAGCUCAAUUUUGGUGGGGAUCAACAAAGAACAAACACAAGCGGCAUUGGGGUAACUGGAAAAAACUUUGCAACUUAAAAGAGCAUGGGGGAAUGGGAUUCCGUGAUUUGGAGGACUUUAAUCAAUCACUUCUAGCUAAACAAGGCUGGAAACUCAUACAGAAUCUGGACUGCUUGCUUGCAAAAGUAUUAAAAACUCUCUAUUUCCCGUCUGAAAGUUUUUUUGAAGCUAAACAAGGCCAUUAUGGGUCUACGGUUUGGAGAGGCAUCCUUUGGGGAAGAGAACUUUUACGAAAGGGUACUAGGUGGUGUGUUGGCAAUGGAAGUAAGAUUCGAAUCAAUGAAGAUCAAUGGCUCCCUAGAAUCCAACCGUUUACUCUUCGGAGCAAGGUUCAAAUCCCAGCUGAGGUAACGAUUAAUUCCUUACUGCAACCAGAUGGAAAUUGGAAAGAAAAUGAAGUUAGAAGCUGGUUCCAUAAUGAUGAUAUACCCUGGGUGCUUGGCAUUAAACCUGCUAUAAAUCAGUCGGAUUGGAUUACAUGGAGUCCAUCCCCUAAUGGUGUCUACUCGGUUGCAAGUGGAUACAGACUUCGCUUCCAAAAUCCGAAUGUAGCAGAAUGUUCUAACAAAUCACAAAUUAAAUAUUGGUGGAAAUUCAUUUGGGGUUCUCAUCUCACUCCGAAAAUAAAGAAUUUCAUAUGGCGGGUGUUUAAUCAUUGGAUUCCCACAAAAUUAGAGCUUGCAAAGCGAGGUAUGGUUAUUGAUACUCACUGUGAACUGUGCACUUUCCAGAAUGAAAACAUAUGUCAUGCUCUAUGGCACUGCCCGAAGGUCCAAAACGUCUGGAAGUUGUUUGGUUUCCCCAAACUCAUACCACUGAAUCUCACAAAAGUUGCUGAUGUGCUUUGGUGGGUGCAUGAACACCUUCCUAAUGAGGAAUUUUUCAAGUUCAUGGGAUUGACUUGGUUGGUUUGGCAAAGAAGGAAUAACUUUGUCUUCCAACACAAAAUUCUAGAUGAAAAUAUUUGGACAUCUUGGGCUAUUGAUCUCAUCUCUACUCACUUGGAGCCGCACCAAAAAACCAGUAAAAAUCCUGCUAUGAAACUAAAUUUUGCUUGGAUUCCUCCUCCACAGAACUACUUCCUCAUCAAUACAGAUGCAUCUUUAAUUGCUAGACAACAAGGUUGUGGUCUUAGUGCUGUGAUAAGAGACCCGAAGGGUGGUUUAGUGGUUGCUGCAACUUCCUUCAUACCUGGCUGCCUAUCGGUUCUGCUUGCUGAAGCUAAUGCCGUCCACUUAGGCAUUCAGCUAGCUAUCAGAUGGUCAAUUACAAAUGCUCAAGUUGGAUCCGACAGCCAUUCUCUCAUAAAAGCUUUAAAUUCAGAUACUUCUUACCCCACGGAUUGGAGGCAACUGGUGCAAGACAUCAAGCUUUUGAGAAACAAAUUUCAGACUUUACUAUUUUUAUUUUUUACUAGAAGUUGUAAUAGAGUUGCUAAUAGUUUAGCUAAGUGGAGUCGUUUGACUCAAAAGUCUGAGAUGUGGACUGAUUUGUUACCAAAUUGUGCUGCUGCUUUUUUAAUAGCAGAUGUGCCUAGUGUCGCUUAA